AUGGCGGAAGCGGUUUUCCAUCCCCCGAGGAGGAAAAGAAGAGUGUUUGAGUCGUACGAGUCUCCCUUUCCCGUGGGUGCAGGCGCGAAGGACUUCAGAAUGUGCCAGGCUGAGAUCAUUAACAACAACGUUGUAGUGCGGAACCCUGAAGACAUCGAGCAGCUUUAUAACAAGGGCUAUUUUGGGAAAGGUAUCCUUUCAAGAAGUCGACCGGUGUACAGCAUUUCAGAUCCUUCACUGGUUGCUAAAUGGCAAGGUGCUAAUGUAAACAUGCCUAUAAUUGCAUCCAAAAAGUACCAGUAUCAUGUUCAGUGGGCUAAAAGUAUUUUGCGAGAGCAAGGAUUUGAUGACUGCUCGGUUACCAGGAUUCUUGAGAAUUACACUAAACCUCUUGAGCUACCAUUUUUGCAAGAGCAUGGAGCUGAACAAACCGAUAAUAGUUGCAACAGAAUGGGCCCAAACACAGAAAAUACAGAACUUCCCAGACAAUCUUCUACAUAUACGGGCAAUGUAGUAGCCCUGAGUCCUGAGGAUCAGGAUGAAGGCUGCAAGGAGGCCUGUUUGGAAGGAAAUCCGGAGUCUGAUCCUGUGGCCGUGUGGGGCUCUCAGGAGCAGGAACGAGGUGACCUGAAGGAGGGGGCUGAAGGGCCUUGCCAGAAGCAUGGCUUUCCUGGGCAUUGCGGCUGCAAGGCGAAGGGGAGCGCUCAGCAAGGGCCUUGUGAGAUGAUCAAGUCAAAGGAGUGUGCUCCAGAAUACGUGUUGGUGCAAGAGGAGGAAGAAGAUGGCUUGUGUCCUGAAGAUGGCUCUGCUCAUGCGCAAGGACACGUUGUCAAGAAGGAAAAACUAGUAUGCAGAAGAAAUCCAUUUAGAAUUUUUGAAUAUUUACAGCUCAGCUUGGAAGAGGCUUUUUUCUUGGUAUAUGCUCUGGGAUGUUUAAGUAUUUAUUACGGUGAGGAGCCCCUAACUAUUGUGAAGCUAUGGGAAUUUUUCAGUGAAGUGAAGCCCAACUUUAAAACUACUUACAUGGCGUAUCACUACUUCCGCAGUAGGGGCUGGGUCCCCAAAGUCGGACUGAAGUACGGAACUGAUCUCUUGCUGUAUCGAAAAGGUCCAGCCUUCUAUCAUGCAAGUUACUCUGUCAUUGCUGAAUUAGUGGAUGAUAAUUUUGAAGGUUCCCUUCGAAGACCGCUCAGCUGGAAGUCCUUGUCUGGGUUGAACAGAACAACUGUUAACGCUUCGAAGGAACUUAUGUUAUGCUAUUUGAUCAGACCAUCUGACAUGUCUGAAAAAGAGAUGUCGACACCAGAAUGUAUGAAAAGGAUCAAGGUUCAGGAACUGAUUGUAACUCGUUGGGUGUCUUCCCGUGAGCGCAGUGAGCAAGAUGAACUUUGA